CAAAACGUAAACCGGUAUACAUAUAAAAAAUUGAAAAACGCGUUGUUAUUAGACUACACGAGGCAGUUAUGGCACUCAAAUGGGGAAUAGUCGGUGCGGGUCGGAUCUCGCAGGAUUUCGUAACCGCAGUGAAAACUUUACCGGAAUCAGAUCAUAAAGUUUUAGCGGUGGCCGGUAGAAAUAAGGAAAACGUCCAAAGAUUCGCCAAACAGCUGGACAUCGAGAGAACAUACGAUGAUUAUGGUAAAUUGGCUGCUGAUAACGAUAUUGACAUCGUCUAUAUCGGCAACUUGAAUACGCAACAUUUCGAGAGCGCGAAACUGAUGUUGGAGCACGGAAAGCACGUUUUAUGCGAAAAACCGUUUACGAUGAACGAAAAACAAACGACGAAACUCACCCAGAUCGCGAAAGAAAGGAAACUUUUCUUAGCAGAGGCGGUUUGGUCGAGAAGUUUCCCCGCUUACAAGAAACUCAAGGAAUUAAUGGAAUCUGGUGAAUUGGGCGACGUUCUCUUUUGCUCCGUCAAUUUCGGGUUUCCUCUGCAACACGUCGAUAGACUCACAUCAAAAGAUUUCGGCGGAGGUGCAAUCUUAGAUUUGGGCGUGUACAUUUUGCAGUUCCAGCAGUGGGUUUUCCGAGGUUUAAAGCCCUUAGAAGUGGCUGUUAGUGGUCAUAAAAACGGUGCAGGCACUGAUGAGUCGGCCGGGGUGGUACUCACUUACCCUGAGGGUAAGAUGGCGGUGGUAAGCACCUCUGCCAGGGUGGCCUUACCCAAUGAGGGCCUGGUUGUCGGGACGAAAGGUUCUGCGAAAUUGCCAAAGUUCUGGUGCCCCACUGAGUUAAUAACAGAUGAAAAAAGUUACGAGUGGCCCCUUCCAGAGUCUCCUCUGCCAUUUUUGCACGUAAACAGUGCCGGACUGUCAUAUGAGGCCGAAGAGGCCAGGCAAUGCAUCAAAAAUGGCCUUAUUGAGAAUCCUUCCAUAACCCAUCAAGAGUCCAUUGAACUUGCACGACUUAUGGACCUGGUGAGGAAACAGUUGGGGGUGGUGUUUCCGGAAGAUAGUCAAGACUUUUAAAUACAAAUUGUACUAUUAUAUAAAAUAAACAUUUAUUUUCAUUCAA